AUGGGUAAAAUCUGGACCUUUACGGGGUUAUGCUUGCUGAUUACUCUUGCAUCGUUACCUUGCACACAAUCCUUGAAAGUUGGUGUCUUACCCAUGAUUGGAGGAAGCCAUACAUUGUCUAUGGACUUAAUUACCCAACAAAUAAUCAAAAGAGGCCAUGAAGCAGUUACAAUUAUAUCGAACGAGCCUGAUCGACUGAAAAAGCUGAAGCCUUCUCCUCUAGCUCUAUUUGAAAUCGAUCGACCCGCAACCUCGGAAGAUUUCCAGUCACUAUUGAUCUCGAGUGAUCCAUUAUAUCCUGUUUAUGGAUUAUAUGAUAUACAGACACGCUAUUGCGAUGCUAUCUUAUCGAAUAAAACUUUACUACAAUCGAUUCAAGAUGUAGAUAUUGUAGUCAGUGAUGGUAUCUACUUCUGCAGUAUACUAUUGCCUGAAGUAUUGAACAAACCAAAUAUACAAAUAUCAUUUUCCGGAGGAAUCAUAGGCUUCCAUACCUUCGUAGGCCAGUAUGAACCCAGUUCUUAUAUACCGCUACGAAUCACACUAUCUGCUUCUGGAAAUGUAGAGAAAAAGAUGGCAUUUGCACAACGAGCUGCUAAUUUCAUCUUUGGUAAAAUUUUUUUUGCCUUGAUGGAAUAUUUUUCAGUGAGCGUAGUCAAUAAAUUAAGAUUCAAGCACAAUAUCAGUACACAUUUGACACUGCAUCAAUUACGUCAAAAACCUUCAUUAUUUCUAACCGCAGUCGAUUUCUCAAUCGAAUAUACGAGACCAUUACCACCUUAUAUUCAAGCCAUAGGACCUAUUACUCCAAAGCCUGCAUCGCCACUACCUCCAGCUUUCCAAACUAUUAUGCAGAAUUCGACUAGUCGAGGCGUAGUUCUUGUAUCUUUUGGUAGCGAACUUCAACUGUCUGAUGAUAAUUUACCGAAAAUGACGGCAGCAUUAGGCAAGUUACCCUAUACAGUUAUUUGGAAAACUAGACAAAAAAUCGAUAAUAUACCUAGUAAUGUUAACGUAGUACAAUGGGUACCUCAAAAUGAUAUCCUUGGCCAUCGUAAAACUAUUGCAUUUAUAACACAUUGUGGAAGUAACGGUUUAUACGAAGGUGCAUAUCACGGAGUACCUAUGAUAGGGAUGCCAGGAAUGAUAGAACAAAUAGGCAAUGCUGAAAGACUAUUACGUGCAGGAGUUGCAAUCUAUGUGGACUUUAACAACUUUAGCGAAGCAGAUAUUAUUAACGCCGUGACGGAAUUGGUCGAAAAUAAGAGAUAUAAGGACAACGCAGUUAAGAUUUCCAAAGUUAUAAAAAGUAGACGAAGAUCGCCUACGGACACUGUUGUUGAUUGGAUUGAAUAUGUUGUGGAAACAGACGGAGCUCAUCAUUUAAAAGUAGAGGGAGAAAAUUUAUGGUUUUAUGAAUUCUACAAUUUAGAUGUUUUACUAGUAGUUACAGCUAUAAUCUAUAUUAUUUAUUGCGUGCUAGCAUUUUUUAUAAAAGCAAUUUGUAGUUCAAAAUCUAAAGCCAAAGUAGAUUGA